UUUUUGUGCGUGGUGUGAUAGUGGUCAGCAUAAGAAGAGAGAGGAGAGGGUGAGAAAGUAGUCAGUCAUCAUGGUCGAGGGUAACAGAAGAGUAGCCCUCUUAGUUAGCUGGUUGUGUCUGCUGCUGUUAGACACAGGUCUGGCCCAGGACUUCACAAAGUUUGCCCACGACUAUGCUCCCUACCUCCGUUUUGACAGCAAGGAGGGACAAAAUGAGUUGUGUUACCCGGAUGACGCCUCUGUUUACUACGAGCAGAGACUGGCUGGUGAUUGGUCCCGCAAGUGCAACUUAGACUUCGACUCUCUAGUAAACGGGACAGUGCCCACCUAUUGGCACGCCAUGACCUGCGGUUACCAUCUCCACAUAGCUUACUGGAACUUCUACGGCUACAACCAUGACUGUGACUGCUGCUCCGGAGAAAGAGAUGCCUGGUUUGAGUUUAUUGUCAUUAAGAUUCGUGACUGGGACUUGAGUCCACAUCUGCACGAAGUAAUGUUUGGCCAGAAGAAAGGUUGGUACACAAGGAUUCCCGGCCACUACGAGACCUACAACACAACCCAUCCGGUAGCCUACGUUGGCAAGGCCAACCACGGUACCUACCAUGACGAUGGUGGUACAGGAACCUGCUGCUACUAUGAGGACUACCGUAACCCAGGCAGUGCUGAUCACAGCCUGGAGACGUGGAUAAACCUGGUGGAGCUCCAGCAGAAGGACGGAGAGGACUGGAUGAGCGACCCCAACAGCGACGUCUGGAGUGGACUCCUUCCCCCCACCUUCAGGGAUGACUGGGACCUGUGUGCCCUCACCAGUUGCACGGGUUCAACACUGCAGGUGUGUGGAGCGUGUGGCUGCCACAAGAGUGACACAGGGGACAGUCCCUUCUAGUGUGUAAACACCUGUCACUCUCCACACCUGACUCUUCAGGAUCCUUAGAUCUUCAUACGUGCACGGCUCUACAGCUGUCUCUCCACACCUGCUAUUCUUUCUCUAUAUCCAUAACUACCCCAGCGGUUUUCCAGACUUGUAAUUCCCCCAAGCUUGCAACCCUCCACGCCAGUGACCCUCCACGUCUGCUGACUUCAACGCCAAUGACCCUCCACGCAUGCUGACCUCCAUGCCAGUGACCCUCCACGCCUGUUGACCUCUACGCCUGCUGACUUCCACACCAGUGACCCUCCACGCCUGCUGAUCUCAACGCCAAUAACCCUCCACGCCAGUGACCCUCCACACCUGCAACUCUCCAAACCCUUCUCACUUGCGUCCUCUCAUGUCUGCGAUCCUUUGAGCCCAAACUCAAGAAAUACGUACCUUGAAAAAUACUGUAGGGGACAUGCUAAUUAAACAUAAUACAUUGAGGUCGUCGUACCAUCCCAAAAUUGUCUUUGUCUCUCAUUUAGCCAGCGCCCUCUAGCACAAUGCACGCAAAAUAGUAGGGGGCGGCUUAAGUUUUAUAAUGCAUCAGUCAGCUACGAUAAUCUAAAGCCAAUUUGAAGAGGAAUUCACAAGCUGUGGUGAGGAAAUUAUUAUGCCUUAUUAUCAAUAAAAAUAGUAAGAAAUGCCACCCUCACAGCCCAGAACUAAUGUCAACCAAGGCACUAUCAGAAAAGGCGUGCUCUAGGUAUCGAAUAGCGACUUAGAUCCCAUAUGACUGGACGAGAUGUUCACAAAUUAUAACGUGAAAACCAGUUUUCAGUUUUCAGUACAGUAGGACACCCGUAUCCAUGGAUCCAAUAUCCGCAGUUUUAGUUAUUCGCUGUGUACUUGACCAGAAAGUGCAAAAGUAGAGAAGCUGACAGUUCUUGAAAUCCUAAGAGAAGUGGUGAAGUGUUUUCCAUCAGUGAAAAAGUGUUAAUUCUACACUUAUUUUUCAUAAUUUAUGAAUUAAACUUAAUCAUAAGUAUGUAUAUAAAGGAAAAAUGACAUA